AUGACCGCCACAGAUGAUUCUAUGGACGAUGACGUAUUUGAGACUCAAGAAGAUACAGAUAAUAAACUAAAACUUUUAGAGAAUAGCAUCGAUAGAAAAGCUGAUACUCGUUCUCCUACUGGUUAUAGGGGAUACAAGCCUCCGACUGAAGUUUUGAAUUUGUGUAAAACUAAUGUUUUGGAUGACGUCCAGAUUGUUAUACAUAAGACAAUUUUGUUGGGCGAUAGUGGAGUAGGCAAGACAUCUCUUUUGGUAAAAUUUGAUACUGGGAAAUUUGAAUCUGGGAAGUUUUCGGCUACGGUUGGCAUUGGAUUCACUACAAAGGUGGUCGAAGUUGACGAUACAAAAGUAAAACUACAGAUUUGGGAUACUGCCGGCCAGGAACGUUUUCGUAGCGUUACACAUGCCUAUUAUAGGGAUGCACACGCCCUUCUUUUACUUUAUGACGUCACCAACAAGCACAGCUUUGACAAUAUCCGAGCUUGGCUAGGCGAAAUUAGCGAUUACGCACAAGAUGACGUGGCUAUUAUGCUUUUAGGCAAUAAAGCUGAUUGUGGUACUGAGAGAGCAGUAAGACGCGAAUUAGGCGAACGUUUAGCAAAGGAAUAUAAUGUUGCUUUUAUGGAGACUUCAGCAAAAAGUGGACAGAAUGUUGAACUAGCAUUCCAUGCAGUAGCUAAAGAACUGAAGUGCCGACGAGAUGGUCAUAAGGACCCCAACCGAUUUAAUGUUCAGGAUUAUAUAAGAGAGCAAACGCAGGAUAAUUCUGCAGUUCAACAGUGUCCUCCUUGCAGUUAUUGA